CAUUGUUCUGAGAUGACGGACAGAACUUAUUUAAAUGCAGAUGUCGGCCAUAUAGCGAAUCACUCUGAUUGCUGUCGCUGUGGUAUAUACACGUCUUAGCUAAACUCAAUCUUCUGCCAAAAUGUGUGACGAAGAGGCAUCAGCUCUGGUUGUGGACAAUGGAUCCGGCAUGUGCAAGGCUGGCUUCGCCGGCGACGAUGCGCCACGCGCUGUCUUCCCAUCCAUUGUGGGUCGUCCUCGCCAUCAGGGUGUGAUGGUGGGCAUGGGUCAGAAGGAUUGCUAUGUGGGCGAUGAGGCGCAGAGCAAGCGUGGUAUUCUCUCUUUGAAAUAUCCCAUCGAGCAUGGCAUCAUCACCAACUGGGACGAUAUGGAGAAGGUCUGGCAUCACACCUUCUACAAUGAGCUGCGCGUGGCUCCUGAGGAGCAUCCCGUGCUGCUCACCGAGGCACCACUGAACCCCAAGGCCAAUCGCGAGAAGAUGACACAGAUCAUGUUCGAGACCUUCAACUCGCCCGCCAUGUAUGUGGCCAUUCAGGCAGUGCUGUCGCUCUAUGCCUCCGGCCGUACCACUGGCAUUGUCCUGGACUCCGGCGACGGUGUCUCCCACACUGUGCCCAUCUAUGAAGGUUAUGCCCUGCCCCAUGCCAUUCUCCGUCUGGAUUUGGCUGGUCGCGAUCUGACCGACUACCUGAUGAAGAUCCUCACCGAGCGUGGCUACUCGUUCACCACCACGGCUGAGCGUGAAAUUGUGCGCGACAUCAAGGAGAAGCUCUGCUACGUCGCUCUCGACUUUGAGCAGGAAAUGGCCACCGCUGCCGCCUCCACCUCGCUGGAGAAGUCUUAUGAGCUGCCCGAUGGCCAGGUCAUCACCAUUGGCAACGAGCGCUUCCGCACGCCCGAGGCUCUGUUCCAGCCUUCAUUCCUGGGCAUGGAGUCGUGCGGCAUUCACGAAACUGUCUACCAAUCGAUCAUGAAGUGCGAUGUCGACAUCCGCAAGGAUUUGUAUGCCAACAAUGUGCUGUCCGGCGGUACCACCAUGUAUCCUGGUAUUGCUGAUCGCAUGCAAAAGGAGAUCACUGCCCUCGCUCCGUCCACAAUUAAGAUCAAGAUCAUUGCACCACCUGAGCGUAAAUACUCUGUCUGGAUCGGUGGCUCCAUUCUGGCCUCUCUGUCCACCUUCCAGCAGAUGUGGAUCUCCAAGCAGGAGUACGAUGAGUCUGGCCCCGGCAUUGUGCACCGCAAGUGCUUCUAAGCGUCAACAGCAGCCACCAACAACCACCAACAAGAAAAUCAACAACAACAACAACAACAACAAGACCAAGAGCAAAAAAGAACAACAACAAGUGGCGUUUAUAUAUAGCCUAUAUGAGAAGAUCUUAUACGCAUAUCUUAUAUCUGACAUUGGGUAUAUGUUUAGCUAUGACCAGGCUAGCUGCAUCUGGGCGCCCACCCGGCGCUGCAGAUAAAAGUAUCUUUAAAAUUACAUUUAGUUGAAAAGAGGCGGAGGAAGUAGAAGAAGUUGAAAUAGAGGACAAGAGACCCCAGAGAAAACGAGUAGGUAGAGCAUAUUUUAUAUUUAGUUACGAUCUGGAUUUUCAUUUGUUUCUAAGUUACGGAGCUGACCAAGAGCCAAACUCAAUAAAUAAAAGACAAUCGGAUGUACAACGAA